AUGGGAGUCCAACCAGACAUCGUGGAUCUUCUGUCCUUUCGACUCCCCAAGUUGGCAUUGCAUGACUUCCCCUACGCAUGGGCAAUAGCCAUUGGCAUUCUUGGCUAUCUCGCCCUCGUUCGCCUCUUGCGUUUCCGUGCCCUUCGCAAGCUCGAACGUGAGCAUGCGGCCCUGCUCAAAGAACCAUACGCGAUGGACUACAAGGCAGCACACAAGAUCAUGCACCUGUCCAUGCUCUAUGACUGCCCUUUCAUAUUUGCCUUCAGUGGACAGUUCUCACUCCUCAAGACAUUCGCCAUCGCCUCAGGUACUGAGCUGCUCGCAAAGACACGCCAACUCAGCACUUGCCCAAACGUUGGUCGACGCAUCAAUGAUACCGCUCUUAUCACAACCGAGUUUGUCAUUGGCUCCAUGGACAGCGAGCGCGGAUCCCGAGCGCUCGCAAAGAUGAACUGGAUGCACCGGCAGUAUGGAGAAAAGAUCACCCAGCCCGAGAUGCUCCACACGCUAGGGGUCAACAUCUUGGAGGCCAUCCGAUGGGUCAACACCUAUGAAUGGCGGGAGCUGACGUACUUGGAGCAGGUGGCCAUGUUCACCUACUGGAAGGAAGUCGGAAAUCGCAUGGGUAUCAAGGACAUCCCCCCUACUAUUGAAAAGCUGGUUGAAUGGAGCGAGGAAUACGAGAAGACGGCCAUGGUCUAUUCAGACAAUAACCGAAAAUGUGCUGAUGUUUCCGUCGAGUUUUUCCUCAAACAUGUCUCUCCCGGCCUGCGGGGCUUCUUCCACAAGGUGAUGAUGGCUCUGCUGGAAGAGCGAACGAGAAAUGCGUUGGGAUAUCCAGCACCCUCACGUACCAUGGAGAUUCUCGUCUAUCGAUUCUUCCGGCUCCGUGCUUUUGUGGUCCGCAACUUCUUCCUUCCGCGCAUGCGCCCCAUUGACCCUUUGGCCAAGGCGGACAAGAAAUCCGGGCGUCUUCACCCUGUGAAACAGCAAAGCCUUGAGCCUUGGUACGUCAAAGAUACGGCAUGGAACAAGUUCUUGGCAUUGUUGUCGGGAGGCUCGCAAUACGUCCCUGGUCCGAAGUUCAAAAGCGAAGGCUACCUACCUGAGGAGCUAGGCCCUGCUAAAUUCGAGAACGUCUCACGGGAUGCGGUCCUGAAAGAAGCUGAGGCUUUGAGGUCGUACGGAGCCGACGGGGGUGCCGCAAUUAUUGGCUGUCCUUUCCGGUUUUGA